AUGGUUUCAAACAAUGUUGUUCCGAUGAAGUUAGAAAGUUCUGACAGAAGAUAUGUAGUUGUCAGAACGUCAGAUUCUCAUAUGCAAGAUACAGAAUAUUUUGACGACUUAGCAGAAACUUUGACACCUAACUUUUACAACCACUUGUUCUCAUAUUUCAUGACAUUAGAUAUUUCAAAGUUCAAUCCAAGACAAAUUCCACAUACCGAAGAGAGACAAACGUUGUUAGAAGCAAACAAGAGUGUAUAUGAACUGUUUAUAGAUGAAACUGACUUUGUGUCAUUAGAUGAAAGGUCAUUGUACGAUGAAUAUAAACAGUAUUGUCAAGAGUAUGGUUAUAUGGCAGCGUCUAAACGAACAUUCUUGGCAAAUGUCAAAAAUCUUUUAGAUGUUCAGAACGGCGUAUAUACAAAGAAAAAUUUUUCUGAGUAA